UCCUGGUACCUGGCAGUACCUGGCAGUACCCGAGAGCGUGAUGGCCGUGGUCGCAAAUGCUUUCGCAGACCAUGAGCCCUCAGGCGGUGGAGCACUCUCCCUGGAGGAGACACUCAAGUCUGACAUGGCCGCCAUGGCCGCCAUGGAGGAACAGCUCGAAAAUACGCACAGACAGAGGCGACAGCGCAUCGCUGGGCUCCUCGCCAGAGCGAGGAACUUUACAGGAGGCAGAGCUCCAGCAAUGGAUGACCGUCUAAAUGGACAUAUGGCAGAGAUGGGUGGUGGACCUGCAGCGAAUGAUGGCUCUCAGCUGUUCCAUCACGGAGGUGCUGCAAUGGCGGCUGUCUCCGGGAUUUUCUCUUCAGCUGACAUGGCCUCUGGCCCGAGCGGGCAAGAUGACUGGGAACGUGGUGCUGGUUCUGCAGUAUCUGCUCCUGUUGACCAAUUCAGAGGGCAUGUAGCGGCAACCUUCGAUGCCCGUCCAAAUGGCCAUGGAGCAGAGAUGGGUGGUGGACCCGCAGCUGGCGACGUCUCUGACCUGUUUCGUGCGGGAGGCGCUGCAAUGCCGGCUGUCUCUGGGCUUUUCUCUUCAGCUGACAUGGCCUCUGGUCCGAGCGGGCAAGAUGACUGGGAACGUGGUGCUGGUUCAGCAAUAUCUGCUCCUGCUGGAUUUGAACACCCUGGAGGACAUGCGGCGGCAACCUUUGCUGCACGUCCAAAUGGACAUGGAGCAGAGAUGGGUGGUGGACCCGCAGCUGGCGACGUCUCUGACCUGUUUCGCGCGGGAGGCGCUGCAAUGCCGGCUGUCUCUGGGCUUUUCUCUUCAGCUGACAUGGCCUCUGGUCCGAGCGGGCAAGAUGACUGGGAACGUGGUGCUGGUUCAGCAAUAUCUGCUCCUGCUGGAUUUGAACACACUGGAGGACAUGCGGCGGCAACCUUUGCUGUACGUCCAGAUGGACAUGGAGCAGAGAUGGGUGGUGGACCCGCAGCUGGCGACGUCUCUGACCUGUUUCGUGCGGGAGGCGCUGCAAUGCCGGCUGUCUCUGGGCUUUUCUCUUCAGCUGACAUGGCCUCUGGUCCGAGCGGGCAAGAUGACUGGGAACGUGGUGCUGGUUCAGCAGCAUCUGCUUCUGCGGCUCAGCCCACAACGCCUGUUGACACGUCCAGCUGGUUCGAUCAGGGUGCUGGCAGUGGACAACCGAAGGAUGUUUCGUCCUUGUUUGCAGAUGAUCCUGAGUCGGUCCCUGCCCAAGCCUCACAAGCACCGCCACCAGUGGCACAGGCGGCUCAGCCUACAACGUCUGUUGACACAUCCAGCUGGUUCGAUCAGGCUGCUGGCGGUGGACAACCGAAGGAUGUUUCGUCCUUGUUUGCAGAUGAUCCUGAGUCGGUCCCUGCCCAAGCCUCGCAAGCACCGCCACCAGUGGCACAGGGUGCUGGCGGUGGACAACCGAAGGAUGUUUCGUCCUUGUUUGCAGAUGAUCCUGAGUCGGUCCCUGCCCAAGCCUCACAAGCACCGCCACCAGUGGCACAGGCGGCUCAGCCCACAACGUCUGUUGACACCUCCAGCUGGUUCGAUCAGGGUGCUGGCGGUGGACAACCGAAGGAUGUUUCGUCGUUGUUUGCAGAUGAUCCUGGGUCGGUCCCUGCUCAAGCCUCACUAGCACCGCCACCAGUGGCACAGGCGGCUCAGCCCACAACGUCUGUUGACACAUCCAGCUGGUUCGAUCAGGGUGGCGGUGGACAACCGAAGGAUGUUUCGUCCUUGUUUGCAGAUGAUCCUGGGUCGGUCCCUGCUCAAGCCUCACAAGCACCGCCACCAGUGGCACAGGCGGCUCAGCCUACAACGUCUGUUGACACCUCCAGCUGGUUCGAUCAGGGUGCUGGCGGUGGACAACCGAAGGAUGUUUCGUCCUUGUUUGCAGAUGAUCCUGGGUCGGUCCCUGCUCAAGCCUCACAAGCACCGCCACCAGUGGCACAGGCGGCUCAGCCUACAACGUCUGUUGACACCUCCAGCUGGUUCGAUCAGGGUGGCGGUGGACAACCGAAGGAUGUUUCGUCCUUGUUUGCAGAUGGUCCUGAGUCGGUCCCUGCCCAAGCCUCACAAGCACCGCCACCAGUGGCACAGGCGGCUCAGCCCACAACGUCUGUUGACACCUCCAGCUGGUUCGAUCAGGGUGCUGGCGGUGGACAACCGAAGGAUGUUUCGUCCUUGUUUGCAGAUGAUCCUGGGCCGGUCCCUGCCCAAGCCUCACAAGCACCGCCACCAGUGGCACAGGCGGCUCAGCCCACAACGUCUGUUGACACAUCCAGCUGGUUCGAUCAGGGUGGUGGUGGUGGUGGACAACCGAAGGACGUUUCGUCCUUGUUUGCAGAUGAUCCUGGGUCGGUCCCUGCCCAAGCCUCACAAGCACCGCCACCAGUGGCACAGGUUGGUCGGGCGAACGGAAGUGAUCAUGAGGCUGGUUGCGCAAAUGGCACAACAAACGACGUCUCUUCUUUGUUUGCUGACGAUGCAUCGCCUGGUCUUUUUGCAUCUGUGGCAGCUCCUGCAGCACCAGAUCCAUUUGCAGGGCCAACCGUUUCCAGCUGGUUUGAUCAAACUUGAGCCGGCAACUCUUUUGGGUUCUGCACCCUCGAUCACAAUGCUUUGACACUGGUUUCAUAAUUAUUGGGAUGUCUCACUGGGGCCAUUCAGUC